UAUAACGUAUUUGUACCACCGACGAUAUUCUCUUAAUUCAUCUUUCUCUUCUUUAUUCAUCUUUCUCUUCAUCUUGAUUCGCCUAAUUAGGAAAAGGGUGUUAUCAAUCUUCUCAGAUACGGUCACUUUUGUUAAAUUUGGAUAUAUAAGAUCAUUGUAUUACCGAAAAAUAUUUGGGGAAGAUGGAUGUUGAUGGACCAAAGAAUUACGCUUUGACUCUUCCAAUGGCUAUAAGGGGGAUUGUAUGUAUGGUGGUUUAUGUAUUGACUUCCUUCAUGUAUUUGAUAUAUUUAGCCCCCUUUGCAGCAGUUUUUCUCCGUCUAUUUAGCAUACAUUAUAGUAGGAAGUUAACAUCUUUCUUUCUCGGUCUUUGGCUAGCUAUGUGGCCUUUCUUAUUUGAAAAGAUCAACAAAACUAAGGUUGUGUUUUCUGGAGAAAGUGUUCCACAAAGGGAGCGUGUUUUACUUAUUGCUAAUCAUAAAACGGAAGUUGACUGGAUGUAUCUUUGGGAUCUUGCACUAAGAAAGGGAUCCUUAGGAAGUAUCAAGUAUGUUCUUAAGAGCAGCUUGAUGAAAUUGCCACUUUGGGGCUGGGGAUUUCAUAUUUUGGAGUUCAUUUCAGUUGAAAGAAAGUGGAAAGUAGAUGAAAUUAUGAUGCGAAAGACACUGAUGACUUUUACCAAUCCAAUAGAUGAGUUGUGGCUUGCUCUUUUUCCCGAAGGAACUGAUUUUACAGAACAAAAGUGCGUAAAAAGCCAGAAAUUUGCUGCUGAAAAUGGGUUACCUAUUCUAAAGAAUGUGUUGCUUCCCAAAUCAAGAGGCUUCCAUGCUUGUUUGGAAAUACUAAGGGGAUCUUUGGAUGCAGUGUAUGACGUGACAAUAGCAUACAAGAACCGGUGUCCCACUUUCUUGGAUAACGUUUUUGGCAUAGAACCAACAGAAGUUCAUGUCCAUGUUCGUCGCAUCCCGCUAGACGAUAUCCCAUCUUCACAAACUGAGUGCAAUUCUUGGCUAUUAAAUACAUUUCAUCUCAAGGAUCAGUUACUUUCAGAUUUUAUUACAACGGGUCAUUUUCCAAAUGAAGGAACAGAAACCGAGCUCUCGACUAUAAAAUGCUUGGCCAGGUGCUUGGCAGUUUUAGCCGUCACAUGUGUAUCAACAUAUGCUACAUUUUAUUUAUCUUUUGGGUUCAAAAUCUAUGUUGGCUUAGCUUGUGCAUACUUGACUUUAGCUACAAACUUUGGUUUUCAUCCCUCACCGGUUCUUGACUAUGCGAAAAUGUUAUUAUCUCCAAAGAAGUCGAUUUAGGGGAAAUGAACCUGUUCUGUACAGAAUAAGUUUAUAUAUGUUGAAUUAUGUUACAUUUUAUACUA